AGAUGUUGACACGUAUAUAGCAGAUAUUUCUGCAAAGCAUCUUUUGUGUUGCGGGGGGAAAACAUACAUAAAUAAAACUUUUCAAAGGGGGAAAGAGUGCGUAUGUGAGGAAAAACGGAAGAAUACUUUUUUUAAAAAGCGGCGAGGCGGGUGAGGAAAGUGGACCCCCAGGCAGCAUCUAUCGUGCCCUGUUCCCUGGCCGCCGCUUCGAGGUCGCCGCGGGAGCGGACUGAACUUCCAUCGCCUCGCCGAACUUCCAUCUCUGGAACGUCCAUGCAGAAGGACGAAGAAGAGCCAAAGAGCACCAGGUUUAUAUUUUCUUUAAGGACAAUGAACACUAGAAGACCAGCAGUCCUUAUAAACAGCACUAAAGUGAUAGGCCAGUGUGCCCAAACAGGGAUGGAAGACAAAACAACUUGGCCUAAGGAGCAGCAGCAGCACAACAACAGCUUUUCUCUGUUUCCGUCCACCAAAGUCUGGAAUUUCAGAGGGAAGAAACGCAAACAGAGCACCCAGGAUGAAGAUGCAAUCAGUGUCUGCAGCUUUGACUCAAGUUGGAGCGUAAGAGUUGCCUUGGGUAAUGCUGUCGGAAGCCUAGUGCAGCACAAGAAGGACGCUUUGAUUCUCCAGCUGCUGAGUGUCAGAAAGGUUGCAGGGGGACGGCUUUGCUUUGCUAUCACAUUUUCUGCGCCAACAGAACCAGCAGUGACAUCCAAAACUGCUGUUCCUUCAGCCACGAUGGUGGCAAAGGAUUAUCCAUUUUAUCUCACCGUCAAGCGAGCAAACUGUGGCUUGGAAGUACAGACAGCGAGCAUCUCAGCCAGAGAAACAGAGGAACCCAGUAAUAAGCGGGUCAGGCCACUUUCUAGAGUUACAUCACUGGCAAGCUUAAUUCCUCCUGUCCGAGCAACUCCUUUGAAGCGAUUUGGCCAGACACUUCAGCGUUCUAUCAGUUUCCGCAAUGACAGUCGGCCUGAUUUGCUUGCCUCACGACCUUGGACUAGAAACGUACCUGCUAGCACCAAGAGAAGAGACAGUAAACUCUGGAGUGAGACCUUCGAUGUUUGUGUCAAUCAGAUGCUUACAUCCAAAGAAAUCAAGCGCCAAGAGGCAAUCUUUGAACUUUCCCAAGGAGAAGAAGACUUGAUAGAAGACUUGAAGUUAGCUAAAAAGGCUUACCAUGAUCCCAUGCUAAAGCUCUCCAUAAUGACAGAACAAGAAUUGAACCAAAUUUUUGGAACACUGGACUCUUUAAUUCCUCUGCAUGAAGAUCUUCUUAGGCUGCUGAAAGAAGUUAGGAAACCUGAUGGAUCUACUGAAUGUGUUGGUCACAUACUUGUGAGCUGGUUGCCUUGCCUGAAUUCCUAUGAUAGCUAUUGCAGCAACCAAGUAGCUGCCAAAGCAUUACUUGACCUCAAGAAGCAGGAUCAUCGGGUGCAAGACUUCCUACAGCGUUGCCUGGAAUCUCCUUUUAGCCGCAAACUGGACCUAUGGAAUUUCCUUGAUAUCCCAAGAAGCCGUCUUGUGAAGUACCCUUUGCUACUCAAAGAGAUUCUGAGACACACACCAAAUGAUCAUCCAGACCAACAGCACCUUGAAGAAGCUAUUAAUAUUGUCCAAGGCAUUGUUGCGGAAAUCAACAAAAAGACAGGUGAAUCUGAAUGCCAGUAUUACAAAGAGAGACUAAUAUAUCUUGAUGAAGGCCAAAAGGACUCCUUAAUAGAUAAUUCACGUGUUGUGUGUUGUCACGGUGAACUAAAGAACAACAGGGGAGCGAAACUGCACGUCUUUCUCUUCCAAGAAGUUCUGGUAAUUACUCGAGCAAUUACACAUAAUGAGCAACUCUGCUACCAACUAUACCGGCAGCCUAUUCCUGUGAAAGAUCUUGUUCUGGAAGACUUGCAAGAUGGAGAAGUGCGAUUGGGUGGAUCCAUACGGGGUGCAUUUAGCAACAAUGAGAGAAUUAAAAACUUCUUUAAAGUCAGCUUCAAAAAUGGAUCUCAAAGCCAGUCACACUCGUUACAAGCAAAUGACACCUUCAACAAACAGCAGUGGCUCAACUGUAUCCGUCAUGCCAAAGAAUCAGUCUUGUGUGCAUCAGGCGAGGGUGGAAUGCUAGAUUCUGAAGGACACUUUCUGUCAACAUCAAACAGGCACAGAGUAUUCCAGCAAGAAUCAAAGCUUGAGCAAAUGAACCACUCUGACAGUGGCUCAGACUGUAGCAUGGACACCAGUGAAAUCAGCAUUGACUGUGAUCACAUGGAGCAGACAAACUCUUGGGAGAAGGACAAAGAGUUAGAAAGCAAUGUCUGACAGAAACUUCAUAGAGGUCUGCUGGGUUCUUACCCAUACAGUAUUUGCAUUUCAUAUGUGGAGCAAAAUGCACUUUUUAAUAUUUUUGUGACAAUGUCAAUUUGAUCUCUAUUAUAUUUGUACCUUUUGACCAUAGUACUGUAAUUGCCAGUGUGUAUAAUUUGGAAUGUAUGGCACUAUACUCCUGUAAUAUUCUAUAAAUGUCUCAGUGGCUGAGA